CGGAACAGUACAAGCUAAACUGCUAGGCUAAUAAACGAAGCACACUGUCGCGCUAUUUCAACAAGCCUGUCACAUACAUGAUCUAAUAUGUCGAGUAGAAUACAGCGCUGCUGUUAAAGAGACGUGUGAAGUGGAAUUGAAAUGGAGGAAUUACCUGGAGAACUCAAAGUGCAAGACAUUGGGAUUUAGUUUGCCUGUUACUUCCUGUUGAUGUUUGGUAGCUAAUAGCUAUAGGCUAAUCCACAUCAAUUGGUAACGCAAGACUCCUCGUUUUACUACCAGUCGCCUUCAAAACACAAUCAAUUAUGAGUGGCACGGUUUAAAGACUUUCUUCGCCGUUAAAAAGUAGCUAUUUGAAUUGUUGACAAAGACUAGAAACGAUAAAAGUCUAUCCAACAGCACACAUCUCGUCAAAUCUCGCGUGAUUACAAACAACAACGACGUGAGAUAACUUGACAACCCAUUUCUGCAAAUUCAUAUGAAUUACUAUAAUUACUCUAUAUACUACUAUAUGUGUGUGUGUGUGUGUAUAAAAUUAAAACAUUUCGGGGAUAAAAAGUAAAACACACUUAAAUUACCAUGUAGUGAGCAAGAGGGGGCAAUGUUGAGUCACAGUCGCGCCGUGGUUCAAGCGGCGCUCAAACUCAAACGAAGAAGACAGUAAACAAAUAUGGCGGAUAGGCUCACGCAGCUACAAGAUGCCGUCAAUUCGCUUGCAGACCAGUUUUGUAACGCUAUCGGGGUGCUUCAACAGUGUGCGCCGCCUGCCUCCUUCAGUAACAUUCAGACGUCGAUAAACAACGAUCAGCCUGCAAACCAAACCGAAGAAUAUGCUCAGCUGUUUGCAGCCCUAAUUGCCCGAACAGCCAAGGAUGUGGACAUACUCAUCGACUCUUUGCCAAGUGAGGAGUCCACGGCGGCUCUGCAGGCGGCCAGUCUGCGGCAGCUAGAAGAAGAGAACCAUGAGGCAGCAGCCCGUCUGAGGGAGGUGGUCACCCGGGGCGACAUGCUGCUGGAGAAGAUCCAGAGUGCCCUGGCAGACAUAGCUCAGUCUCAGCUCCGCACCCGCAAUGGCGCUCCCUGCCAGUCUUUGCCGCCUGAAUCCUGACAGCCCAAUUGCACACAUUACUUGACAUUCACUCUGACAUUCACAUGCUGGAUCUGUCUGUCUGGUCAAAAGCCAUAUUUCGUGAUGUCACCAUUAGACACACCAAAAUGUGGAAACAUGAAGCGUAAAAACUACAUUUCUACAUGAACAUGUCUCUUGGUAAACAGGCCGGUUUUGUAUGUUUUGUCUAUGUUGUAUAUUUGUUUUGUAAAUAUUUAUAAGCGACUUCAGGCUGAUUUAUAAAGUAACUUGACCAGCUCAGCCCAAUUUAAGCUCCAAUGUGACUUUUUUCUUUGUUAAAUAAAGCUUGAAUAAAAUGUCAA